UUUCUGCUUUUGCGAACUUUUUAGAAUUGCCUUGAUUAUGAGGUUUCUUCUUUUGAAAAUAUUUAUUUUUAAUUAAAUUCACAUAUAAAAUAUUUAAUUCGAACAUGUACGCUAAUUUCUUAUAAAUGAUCAAGCUUCUUUAGGCUGAGUUGCAAAGAAAACACGAACGGCUCGAAUAAACAGAAGCAUUCGCGCUGACAAAUAGUUUCAAAUCUGUCAUUCUAAUUUUGAAUAUUAAUGACAAAUAUGUAAUGAAAUUGCAAAAUAACAACGUGAAAUUAAUUACAAAAUUCAAAUUGCUCCAAUAUAUAUUUUUAUUGCCUUAGUAAUACGAUUCGUGUAUGAGCACUAAUUGUGAAAACCAAAACAAACGGACAGCAGAAUCUACUUGCAGUUUCAUUGUCCGGAGCGGAGGAGGUUGCCGUGUUUCAUUCGCUGCUCGAGUUGGGAUUUUUACUUUGUUUAUCUAGUGCCGAUUAAGGCAUUAGUUGUCUGCAGAGCGUCUGUGAUAGUUAUCAGUGUAUUCAAGCUCUCAUGUUGUUUGAAGACGACCCAAGGGACCCAGUGCCCGUACAAGAACCAAGCCCCCUCCACCAAGAAGUGGGAGGGCACCACAACCAGGAACGAUUGCUUAGGUUCCAUCACCUUGCAAUAAUUGGUUGCCUGGCACCAGAAUUUCUUUACAUUCGAACAUUUUAAGUUGUUUACCAUGUAUGUCAUUCUCACGAAGGAUGGCAGCAUUGUCUUGGUGUGAUCUCAUCUCAAUCUUCAGAACCAUGGACUCAUACGAGCUAUGCUGAAUUCAUAAGUGCUCUGAGACCAGGCUGCUAUAUCCGAGAGUGACCAUGGCUGACCAAGGCAGGACGAUGGGCAGCGGACAGCAGAAGGUGCUGCAGCUUCUCUGUGAUGACCUGAAGAAGGAGAAGGAACAGUGGAAGGUGCAGAACUAUGCCAAACAGCCAGAUGCGGGUGACGUCGGACUGCAGGAGCGCCAGGCGGCCGUUCUCUGGAUGGAGCGCCAGUGCUACCGGUUCCGUUUCCACGCCGAUACCCUCUGCCUGUCCGUGGCCGUGCUGGACGCGUUCCUCGGACAGGUCAAAAUCAAGGCCAAGUACAUCACGUGUCUGGCGCUGACCUGUCUCUACCUGGCGGCCAAACUCUGCGAGGAGGACGAGAUCGUGCCUGCUAUCACAUACGUGGUGGAGCGCACUCGUCCGGGCUGCUCGGUGGCCGACGUGCUGCGUCUGGAGCGGCUGGUGCUGGACAAGCUCGGCUGGCAGCUGCGCCUGGUGACUCCGCUCAGCUUCCUGCACAGCCUGCACUGCCUGCUGGUGGGCGCGUGCCCCGGUCUGCUGGCGGACCGGCCGCAGCGCCUCUCGCCGCACCGGCAGCUGAUCGGUCUGACGGAGCGGCUGCUGGAGCUGGUCACCGACGGCAGGUCGCUGGGCGUGCCGCCCGCCUGCCUGGCCGCCGCGCUCAUCUGCUGUGAGCUGCAGCGCUGCGGCGUGGAGACGGCGCCCUUCGUCCAGGCCGCCCAGCGCCUCAUCAAGCGCACCCCUCAGGAACUGUCGGCCGCCUGUAACUGCGUGCGCGCCAUCCUGGGCGCCGGUGGCGACUCUGUGCUGGUGCCGCGGCCGCCGGCCGGCGCCGCCAAGCGGCCCCGCGCGCGCGGCGACUCACGCAGCUUCUCCCGUCCUGCCAAACGCAAGCUGGUGGCCUCAGAAGUGGAGGCAGCGGACGACAUUGUGGGCGACAUCAGGAACCUGUAUGCCGGAGAGGAUGAGGCUGUGACCCCGGCGGUGGCGGCGGUGGCGCGCCGCCCGGCCGGAACCCACGCUCCUGAGAGCCCUGAGUUCCCGGAGCUGGCCAAACAUGCUGUGUCCGCGGAGAGCCCCCUGACGCAGGCCUGCGGUCUGCUGAGCCAGGCGUCUCGGCUCAGCUACGCCGAGGUGCUGCGCCGCCACCUGCCCAGCCCCGCCGUCACCGCCGGCGGCAUCUAACACUGCCAUGGGGAGCGCACCUCGCCGCCGCACCGGCCCCUUCCCCGGCCGGCCCGGAGAGCCUGCCAGACAGCGCCGCGCGCCGCAUUUGUUCAUAUUGGGGAGAGCGGGCGGGACUGACAAGUGUUUGUAAAUGAGCGAUACGCCAAGAAUGGCGUAUCUCCCACCUCACGUUCUAACAUGUGUUGAUGAGAUGUGCAACAAAGAUAAAUCGCGAUUGUAGUCAUUGUAGUAGAUUUUAAAUAAUUGUUUUUAAUUUUCAAUGUUUUAUCUUACCGUCGCCGCACAGCUUUCAGCGGACGGGUCACUAGACAUAUAUUCAUCACCUAUUUAGUUGUUAGCUCAGAGUCUAUCGUGUCGACGAAUCUCGCCGGACGCCAGGCAGCCCGCGCGCCGCCGCCCCUGCCUAGAGCGGCAUUACUUGGGCCCGUCGGCGCCACGAGGUGGCCGUCGACGGGCCGGCUGGCAUUCGGAGCCGACCUCCGGCUGAGGUCACGGGUCACGCCGUCCGCUGUGCGCGGCGGCCUCGCGCCGGCUGCGACUUGUACCAAGUCACCGACUGUCUUUCUGGUCACCUUCACACGAUGAGCGCGCGGCGCGAGAGAGCGAGUGCGCGCGUGUCAUCGGUCGUCUGUGACGGCCCUCAUACCUCCCAGUACAACCCGCCGGCGGCCGGCCGGUCCGGUUCGGUCCGGCCCGGGUCGCCGCGGCGGCUGCGAGCCCAUUGAGAUCGUAGAGUAGAUCCCUGAGCGCGGCGACGACUGCCGAGAGACGUGUCCUCCAAGCGAGAGGCCAAUACUGGGCGUUCGCCAUGCGACGCCAAUACAAAACGUGAGACGAGAGAGAGCGCAACUUGGCGCCGGAGUGAGAGAUCACGAAAGAGGGAGAGACGUGAGAUGUGUAUGUAUAAGAGUGCGGGCAAACCGCUUCACUUGAGCCAGUAUAUGCAUGCCUGCCUACCGCUUAUGCCAGAUAAUAUAAGGUAUGAUCGCG